AUGGUGAUUUCAGAGACGGUGGAUAUACUCUUCAGAAUCAGAGGAGGCCUUGACCUAGCUUUCCAGCUAGCCACUGCGAAUGAAAUUUUUGUCCAGAAGGCACUAAAACAUGUGUUGUGUGACCUGUCAGCCAAGCUGUCCUCGAAUGCACUGGUGUUCAGAAUCCGCCACAGCUCGGUGUACGUGUGGCCUAACAGUGACACAAACACCAUCCCAGGAGAACUGACGGACAGCUCUGCUUGUAAGACCCUGCUGCGCUUCGUCCAAUUUGAACAGGAAGAAGAUACAAAACGAAAAUUCAUGAGGAAGAAAGACAAAAAGCUACCAGAUGUGCAUCAGGUGGUAAACAUAGAUCUCAUGUUGGAGAUGUCCACCUCCCAGACCGCGGUGACCCCCGUCAUUGAGAGAGAAAUCGGGGGACACCACUACGUCACCAUGACGUUGCCGGUGGAUGCCGUUGUGUCUGUUGCCCCCGAAGAAGCCUGGGGGAAGGUUCGUAAACUUCUAGUGGAUGCAGUUCAUAGUCAGCUGGCUGAUAUGGAAAAGUGCAUUUUGAAAUACAUGAAAGGAACCUCCAUUGUGGUCCCUGAGCCGCUGCACUUUUUAUUACCGGGGAGGAAAAACCUUGUAACAGUUUCAUAUCCAUCGGGAAUUCCGGACGGGCAGCUGCAGGCCUACAGAAAGGAGUUACACGAUCUCUUCAGUCUGCCUCAUGACAGACCUUAUUUCAAAAGGUCUAAUGCUUAUCACUUUCCAGAUGAACCAUACAAAGAUGGUUACAUUAGAAACCCACACGCUUAUCUCAGUCCACCCAACAUGGAGACUGGUAUGGUUUCUGUGGUCCAGGGCCUGUAUGGUUACCAUCAUUACAUGCAGGAUCGGAUGGAUGACAACGGCUGGGGCUGCGCCUACCGGUCGCUGCAGACCAUCUGCUCUUGGUUCAAACACCAGGGGUACACAGAGAGGCCCGUUCCCACACACAGAGAAAUCCAGCAGGCUCUCGUUGAUGCCGGGGACAAGCCAGCAACCUUUGUGGGAUCACGGCAGUGGAUUGGGUCUAUCGAGGUACAGCUGGUACUGAACCAACUGAUUGGCAUAACUUCAAAAAUACUGUUCGUCAGUCAGGGUUCGGAGAUGGCCGCUCAAGGACGGGCCCUGGCCAAUCACUUCCAGAGCGAAGGCACUCCGGUGAUGAUUGGGGGAGGAGUUUUGGCCCACACGAUACUGGGAGUCGCAUGGAAUGAGAUUACAGGGCAGAUAAAAUUUCUGAUUUUAGAUCCACAUUAUACAGGCGCUGAAGAUCUGCAGGUUAUUUUGGAAAAGGGCUGGUGUGGAUGGAAGGGUCCAGACUUCUGGAAUAAGGAUGCGUACUAUAACUUAUGUCUUCCUCAGCGACCAAGCAUUAUUUAA